AUGUCGCACAUUCAGAUACCGCCAGUUACACCGGGAGACCUAUUGAAAUUCCAAGCUGAUCACUUCUUCGGCGCAAACACUUCAAACAUUAUUCCCAUCGGUCAUCAUGGCGUAUUUCAAGCGCAAGGUGUAGCAGAGGAAGCGCUAGACGAAGAAGCGUAUUACGAAGGUGACGGUGACUUGGGAUACUACAAAGACGGGGUAAAACGGACGUUGACCGACGAACAAAUCAAAAUCUUUCGUCAUAGUGAAAUCCACGCGCUUUUGCGUGAAAGACAGCGACUGCGUGAAGAACAGGAAGAGGAGGAAGAUGAAGGAGAAUAUGGUGCGGGUAGGAGGUUCAAUGGAGAGAAGCUCCAUGCCAGCAUCUCUGAUUCUCGGGCAAAAUCUAAAACCGGUAGCCGCAGCCAUCCCGACUCGACCGGUCUUGCGGCUACUCGAAAAAGAAAGUCUGCUGAGUAUAACGAAAGCCGAGACGUAGAAACCAACAGGAAAAGGUCAAGAGACGGGAUUUAUGAGGAUAGCCGUUCCAAUAUGAGCCCUUUCAACAAUGAUAAUGAAACAGCGGAAAAUGUGGAACAGAAUAUGUCCUCGCGGGUAUUCAACUCCACAAAGAAUGGAAUUCUCAGUAUGCGUCGGACGCUAUACCACCAGUCCCUUGAUGUUUUACAUCCUGGUAUUCAUUCUAUCUCCUACAUUAAACUACCACUUCAAGGACACGGAUCCUGGAUGACCAUCACCAUCAUUUUCGCAUCAGGACUUUCCCAAAAGCGGUUCCAAAGAGCCUUCGGUCGCGUUAUGAAUACGAAUCACUGGGCUAUUUCGGUCGAACUCCAUCUGGAAAUUGGCAUCCUAUUCCGGAUAAAUCACCCUCUGCGUUGCUCGGGAUAUCGGGUUGGCUCUCGCAAGGCACAGGGUCGUCCUGUUUCUGGUAUUCAUCGGCACUACAAGAUAGAUAUCACUCAGUCUUCGACUCCGGACAGCAGGGUGGCUAUCUUACUUGUCAUCUGGAUUGGCAACAUCUGA